UCGAGAAACUCUAUCAAAAAUUCAGAAGUUAUUCAAAUUUGUUAGAAAUGGGGUUCUAUCUGAGAGUGAUAACUUUAUUGAUGGUUUCGAUGAGUUACGUACAAGGUGGCUUCUUGUAUGGACAGCCAUGCACAAUACGCAACACUGCAUAUUUGAGAGUUGGCGAAUGGAGUUUACCUACCAAUGACACUAAAUGUGUUGAUGUUACUGGUUUCAAGAUGAAUUUACAUGGCCGAAUCAACUUAGCAAAUUACACCAAAUUCUUCGAGGAAGUUGAAGGGGCUGAUACUCUAUAUGCGGAUCACUUGAAUUUAACUCAUUUCCCUAUAAUGAUUGUCAAGUCACUUCCAAAUGUCGAAACCAUUGAUCUCUCGGGAAACAGAAUCAAAUUAAUUCCACCCAAAAUGUUCAAACUUGCACCGAAAAUUCAAAAACUUCUAUUUGAUGACAAUAGAAUUGCGAUACCCAGAAGAAAACCAUUAAUAUCUUCUCAUUCCUUGAAAACAUUAAUGUUGAGUAAUAAUAAUAUUGCAUUUAUCUAUCAAAGUACUUUCAGUAAAUUACCCAGUCUGGAAGUAUUAUAUUUGGAUAAUAAUAAUAUUCAGGAUAUAAGUCCAUUGUUCAAAAAAAUGCCUAAUUUAAAAUUCUUACAUGUGGGACGAAAUGUAUUGAAUUAUAUACCGGCAAAAAAAAAUAUUUCCGAUUCUCUUAUCAGUUUUAUAACUAAAUCACAGAAAACAUUAUUGCACUGAAGAAUUUUAUUUUAAACAGUAAAUUUGAACUAACUUUUUAUUUCGAUGGUACUGUUCCAAAUGUAAAUGGGUCGUUAUCAUGAAAAAUAACUAUUUCGUUCGAAGUAAAAGGUUUUACUACAAUUUGUAUUUAUAUACUCCUCCUUUCCCGCAAGGUACACGGUGACUGGCGGCAAAAUUAUCAUUUCAAUAUUAAAUCAAAAGAUAAAUACUUGAGAUAUCGUGUUAAUAAAGAUAUUGAAAAUAAAAGUGAAGAUGAGGAUUGCACUUUUUAAAGAUGAUGUCAUCCAAAUGUCUUCCAUCAAGUGUUCGCAAUGGAGUCGCCUCAAAUUUUGCUGUACAUUCUACAGUAGGCUCGAUUGAAUUGCGUUGAUUUAUUGACAAAUGGUCCAUUUUAUAUCCAUAAAAGCUCACGAAUUGUUACUCAAAACUCUUUAUUUCCAUGGGAAGCAAUCGACUAAUCAAGUCCUAGCCGUGUGUGAGGCCACACCAUCCUGUUGGAACCACGUCUGUGAUAAGUAUGAUAGAUGAGCUUAUAGGUUCGGCAAAAUAAAAAUUCCGUAAUCAUAUGCCUUUAGUUAUCACCAUUCACAUUUGUCACCUGUCCCCGUGCGUUUUCCAUUCGUGUA